AUGUGGGACAAAAGGGACACAAGGUCGUCGAUACCGGAUUCUGUGGAUGCGAAGCUUGGGAAGGGGAAGAGGAAGAAGACGAGGAAGAAAAAGGAGAGAAAGAAGAAGAAGAAGAGAAAGAAGAAGAAGAAGAAGAAGAAGAGAAAGAAGAAGAAGGGAAAGAGGGAUAGCGACACAAAAACUGAACUGUAUGGCUGGCCAUUGCUGAGGGGUUAUAGAACUGCUGCUAAGGAUAUAAGGUGCAAUGCCACCAUAUUUUGACUGGCGUGAGAUAUAGCAAGAAAGGCAGGUUUCGAAUUGAAAUGGACAUGAAAGCUAUGAGGUGAGAAAGGCAAGGUUGUGGGAUAGAGCGACUUCGAGACCAAUGGCAACAAAUCCUGGAGGUGGAAAUACAAGAGAUACAAGCAAACAAUAUCAGCAAACCUGAGCUACGAUAUGGUUUAUUAUUUCGAACGGAAAACGAAUUGCACAGCAUAAUUGUCUUGUAAGUGAGUGUUGAGGUUCUCAUGUCCUUCUUUCCGUGCUUACUCAUCCAACUUAGGACCGCCCUUGGCAUGAGUGUGGCCAACUACACCACCUUCAGAUCCACAGUUGAC